AUGCCCUCUCCCACAGGACCCAGUGUCGAUACCGGCGGCCUCUUCACGAGAAUAGGCAAUGCUGACGAGACGAUCUACGCCGUCGCGUACCGUUAUGCGUUCAUCCGGCCCGAUAAUCCCCACGACGAAGUCUUCCAGAAGUUCCUCCCAGCAGAGACAUUCAUUUUCGACGUAGCCCGAGGGAAUACCGCCCCGAGACGGAUAGUCGUCGUUGCGGAUGAGCUGGUAUUCAUCGGCGGGUUCAACUAUGACUUCUCGGGCCAUGACAUGACCAUCCGAUGCCGCAAGCUGCACUUCUUCCCUGUCGAAGGCGACAAUAAACCCGCCAUCAUCAACGUGUCCGGUCUUCCAGCCGACAAAAAGAAUGGACCGGAAGGCGCUGAUGGCGGAAAAGGAGGUGAUGGAAUCAUCUAUUCCUACUGCUAUGAAAGAGAUACGACCUGGUAUUUCCGUCAGUUCACGCGCAGGAAGACCCUGGCUCUCAAUGCGGAUGAGGCCCGCCAUCCAGGCUCGACCGGUGAAGACGGAAAGCCUGGUGGCGCAGGUUCGCCAGGUCAUCCUGGUGGCACAUUCCAGCUGAGCUUCAAGAGAAUCGAUGCGGGUACCACGUCCAACGGGGGUCCCUGCUUUCACAUCGUCGCGAAUGGCGGAGAGGGCGGAGACGGCGGGAAAGGCGGUAGCGGGGGCUCAGGAGGGAAUGGCGCAGUGUUCAAUUACGACAACACAGCCGAUAACUUCACAGUAUGGGAACGUAUCCCUGAGGCGUGGGCAGAAGUGAUCCCGGGCGGGAAUGGAGGGAAUGGAGGCCCAGGCGGCGCCGGGGGUGCCGGCGGUGACGGGGGUGCUAUCAAGAUAUACAUCCCCCAAACGGAUGGGGAGGAUCGGCAGGCCAUGGAGGCCCUUUUCCGUCUCACGGCCUCCAAGGGCCAGCAUGGAACCCCUGGAGACCCGGGACAGGGCGGCGGCGGCGGGGUUUAUUCGAACAUGCCUGAUCGCUUCUACUUAGACCUCAGUCAAUGCUGGAACAACGUCUCGCCUCAAUCCACCGCCAUCUACAAUGCCUUGAAGGACUUUAGGAAUUCGUCCUGGUAUGGCAGUCACGAUAGGAAUAAGCUCCAACCUCUGAACGGUUCUUCUGGCAACGCGGCCGCCGCGACGACAGCUUACAAUGAAGGCAUCGACGGGUCGACGAAAUUUGAAACCCUCGACGGAGCAUACGAGCCCGCUUUCGCCAACGACACCUUUUUCCUGUCUUCGCUGAUCAACCGGCUGUAUUUUAAAGCCCACAACAUCUUCAGCAGCCAGAGGUACCUGCCGGCCAAGACGCCACCACCACUGGAUCCAAAGACGUUCCAAGGCUCAGACAGCGAGAUGAUGAUCCUCAACGCCCACAGAGAUUAUUACCAAGUAUACAAUUAG